UGUGGUUGGUUGGGAUUGACUGUGCAGUGCCAGUGUUAUGUACAAUGGGUUGUGGAAGUUUGGACAGCUGUGCAAGAUUGUUGAGUGUUCCAAACAGUCUGGCAGACGUAGGUGCUGUCAAUAGCUGAAGUUAGGCUGUGCAAAGCACUAUGUAUUCCAUCUUAUAGCUCAGUUACUACUAAGUAGCGUGAAUCUCUUGAAGUGUAAAAUCUUGCUUGGUCGGGACAUGUUUGUACUUUGUAAUAUUUGAGCACAGCAAACACUGUCUUGCUACGUCCCUAGAAUCACCAUGAGCAACGAGACGACCUCUGAUUGCAAUUAUCAGUAUGUGAUAUGCACUAACUGCCAGAAAGUAACCCAGAAAAAGGGUACAGAAAUGAGAGGUCCUCAGCAACUGACCAGUGGACCAAGUGCAUUUAUAUCAGAAACAGAGUUUGUUCAAGACGUAGAGCAAGAUGACAAAAUGUUGCUGCUUGUGAAAGAAUUUUCAUUAACUGGUCGCUUAAACAACCUUACUCAGGUUAUGGGUCUGCAUCCCCAGUAUCUGGAAUCCUUCUUGCACACACAGUAUCAAAUACUUCAUAUUGAGGGACCUCUCCCACAGCACUAUAGGCACUAUAUAGCUGUCAUGGCUGCAGCUCGGCACCAGUGCUCUUAUCUUGUCAAUAUGCACAUAAAUGAGUUUAUGCGGAGUGGGAAGGAUGCUGAAUGGCUAAAAGGGUUUGAAUACAUUCCUCAGAGGCUGAAAAAUCUAAAUGAAAUUAACAAGAUCCUUGCUCACAGACCGUGGCUUAUCACAAAACAGCACAUUCAGAAACUAAUCAAGACUGGAAAGAACAGUUGGAAUCAAACUGAGCUGGUACAUGCUGUGGUCCUGCUGGCAAAUUACCAUGCAUUGGCAGGAUUUGUAUUGGGCUGUGGCAUCAAUCCAGAGGCUGAACAAUGCACCAUCAACGGGAUCAUGCCGGAGUUCUGUAUGUGUGACCUUGCAAAUGACAACAGUGUUGAAAAUCCGUCAUUCUCAAGCAAAAUUGUUAAGAAUGUAGAUUAUGUGAGUGAAUUGGAAGCUUUGCUCGAGAGGAUGAGGAGGCUGCAAGAGGACAAGGAUGAAGAAGGGGCAUCACAGGAGGAAAUGGCAACUCGUUUUGAAAAAGAAAAGAAAGAAAGCUUUCUGGUUCUCUCUGAAGAUUUUGAAGAUGAGCCAGUGCCUAUGUCUGAUGUAUUGCGAUAUGUUGAAGACCCCACAUUUGGGUACAAAGACUUUGCAAGGGGAGGAGAAGAUCAACUGCCAACAUUCCGUGCUCAGGAUUACUCCUGGGAAGAUCAUGGCUAUUCACUUGUGCAUACAGUUUAUUCUGACAUUGGGAAUCUGUUGGAUGAUAAAUUCCGAAUGGUUUACAAUCUGACGUACAACACAAUGGCAACACAUGAAGAUGUUGACACUACCAUGCUGAGGAGGGCAUUGUUCAACUAUGUACAGUGCAUGUUUGGAAUCAGGUAUGAUGACUAUGACUAUGGAGAAGUGAAUCAGUUACUUGAAAAAAAUCUGAAGAAGUACAUCAAAACUGUGACCUGUUAUCCUGAAAGGACGACCAAACGCAUGUAUGAUGGUUUCUGGCACCAGUUCACACACUCAGAGAAAGUCCAUGUGAAUGUGCUUUUAAUGGAAGCCAGAAUGCAGGCUGAACUUCUGUAUGCCCUUCGUGCCAUAACUCAUUUUAUAACCUGAAGAACAGCACAUAGAAACUCCACAAGUGUUAUUGCUGAAUUUAUGAAUGAAGCUCACAGUUAAGCAAUCUCUGAAGACUGCAUUGAAACUACCUGCCUGAAUUGUUGUGGCAGUUAUGUGCAAUUUUCUUUCCUUCCUCUCCUUAAAACAGCAAUAUGUAACACUUGAAACGAGCAAGUACUACUUGACUGAGUAGCUUGUUAAUGCUUUUGCACUUCUAUCAGUAGUCCAAGUCCUAUGUGAUCAGUUUCUGCUAGCUGAAGGACUGUAGUGAGAGGGGGAAAGACAGGUUCAUUCCUGGUUACGUGCCUGUAUGUGUGCAACAAUAAGCGUGUUGACUUGCUAAGCUGCUUCAGAA